UCUUCCCUCUUCCCUCUUCCCUCUUCCCUCUUCCCUCUUCCAACUCUCUGCUCUGCGCCACUGUCUCUCAUAUGUAGAGAGAGAAAGAGAGUGUUAUAUUUGUCUUAGUUAUCCGUCAAGAACUACUUUCUCUUUAUCUCUCACAUCUCCAAGAUUCGAUCCUUUGUAGGUUUUCAUAUAUUGUUACCAAAAGAUUUUCUAAAUUAAAGAAAAAAAAACUCUGUGUUUCUAUUUGGGUUCUUGAAUAAAGUUUCAUUCAAAGGAAGAAAUGCAGGAUCCAGCAUCUUACUACCAGUCGAUGAUGGCGACACAACAACAUCACCAGCAACAACAACAACAACAACCACAGCAGUUUCCAGAGCAAGAACAGCUAAAGUGUCCUCGCUGUGACUCACCGAACACAAAAUUCUGUUACUACAACAACUACAACUUGUCACAGCCCCGUCACUUUUGCAAAAGCUGCCGUCGUUACUGGACCAAAGGAGGAGCUCUCCGUAACGUUCCCGUCGGUGGCGGUACUCGCAAGAACGCUAAACGAUCCACCUCUUCUUCGUCUUCUCCUUCGCACACACACAACAAAAAGACCAAACACCCGGAACCGGAUCCUAACCCGGAUACGGAUCCGACCCGGAUGCUUUACGGGUUUCCGAUCGGAGAGCAAGACGUGAAAGGUAUGGAGAUGGGUGGUGGUGGUGGUGGUGGGAGUUUUAGCUCGCUGCUGGCGUCUAAUAUGCAGCUGGGUCUUGGUGGGAUCAUCCUAGACGGGUCGGGUUGGGAUCCGGGUAUGGGACUAAAGAGGAGUGAAGCGGGUAACGAAGGUGGUGGUAACCCGUGGACCGAUCUUUCUAUGAACAGAGUGGAGAAAAAUUGAAGAAGGAAGGGGAAGACCAAGAGGGGUAUUUUGGUAAAUUCUUAUGAAGCUGCUAAAACUGAUUUAAAGUUGGCUUGAGUCAUCACGUAGACAAUGAACAGUUUCGAUGUUAAUGUCAUUUUCGUAAUAGCCCCUUUUUACAUUUUUUUUUUUAUAAAUCGGUGUGUUAGUUAUUAUUAGACAUGUAAUAGAAGAAUAUUUUCAGUUUAUUGUAGAAUUUUUAGAACAUGCAUGACUCUCACAAAACUCGCGACGUUCAAUGAAUUUUUG